AUGAACACGAGGACAACAAGGCAAAGGUGUGGAUCGGAAGAGAGGAAGGUAUCUUACAACCAAUUACAAAGCAAAUACUUACCUGAGCUGGAGUCGAGAGAGGAUGUGAGCGAAGAAGAUACAACGGUGUUCUUGAAUGUUGAAGAACAAAGCAAUAAAUAUGUCAGAAUAUAUAUGCGAAGAGUUGAUUGUUCAAAUAUUUACAAAACUACCACCCAAAUCCCUCCUCGAUUUAGAUCACUCUCUACAUCGUUAUAUACUUGUAUUUCUAGCCCUGGGUUCAUGCGCAUGCACACUUUCCGAUCCCCACAAAAAAUCCGCUUCACGCAUGAAAAUAUUAACAAUCAUAAAAUAGCAGAAGACGUUUAUACAUUACACGGAGAAGACGAAUUGCCAUUGUGUUUGUGUCCCAAACGUGGAUAUAUUGGUAUAACAACAACAAUCCCGUUUCCUUGUAGCAAUAGGUUCAGAACUAUUGGUUCAUGUAAUGGAACUUUCUGUUUGAAGACUAAAAAUGGUUUCACUCUAUGGAACCCUUCAAUCAGACGCAAAGUAAGAGUGCCUAAAUGUCCUCGGAGUUCUAAACUCGCUUUGGGAGGUAUUGGGUUUGGAUUUGACCCAAUCAGUGAUGAUUACAAAAUUGUUUGGAUAUCAUAUGAAAAAGACACUUCAUUUGUUUCUGCAGUGAAGACGGGCACUUGCUGUGAAGUUGCUUCCCCUAAACCAGUUUACUUCUGUGUUAUAUGA